AUUGCGAGGGGGUGCAUUGUGAUUGGUGGUGAAAAGCAGUCGGCAAACAAAAGACUUAGGCAACGAACUUGUGAGUCGUGAAUGGAAUUGGCUGCACCACCUCAGCGACCUUGACACAAGGGCAUUGAGUUGCAUGUGCAAUGCUUGGUUUAAUGCGAUUUUAUUAAACCGUAAAUUGUUUAGUUACGAAUCUUGUUUUACGUAUUUUUUUGCUUACAAAACCUUAUAGUAGCUAAAUCGGAAUAUUGAAAAGUCAAUCAUAUUUGCUUUAACAGCAUCUUUUAUUUAGGGUUCAUGUCUUAAGGGCUGCAAAAUGUCAAGUAACUUAACUCAAAACACCUUUGCAAAGCUUUUAUUAAAUGGUAUACUUUGUAUUCAAUUCAAAGCCAUUCGCUUUACCAAAACAAAAAAAAACCAGGCUAAUUAAGUAACCUGGUGAAUUACGUUCCAUUAUAAUCACCACAACUGGCAGUGAGACAACGACAACAACAUAAUUCCAGUGACACUUUUCAUAGCUUAUAAUAGCAGCAAGCCAAAGCAAAAUAAACUGGAAACUAAAAUAAGAAAAAAGCCGUUUGGAAAUUAAGCAAAAGCAAAGGCAAAGGCAUGUAAAGUAUUUUAAUAUUUAAUAUUACUGUCGUUGUUUUUUCGGCAAUCCGCUGGUGAAAGUGCCUAUAAAAAGGGAAACAACACCGAACGAAACAACUUGACAAACAAAGUGAAGAGGAGCGAACAAUAAUAAAAACAAUAAUUAGCCAUCUGCUAUGGCAAGAAAUCAAUCGACUGGGUAAAAGUGCCAAUAAACAAGUCAAAUAGAUCCAAAUAAGCCCGAGUCCAAGUCCGAACCCGAAUGCGAAGCCAAAUCUAAAAUCAAAGCCAAGCCCAAACCCAAACCCAAAGCAAACGUCCAAGUAAAGCCAAAGCCAGUUGGCCAAGUUAGUCGCCUCAUCAGCGACUUGGCUCAGUUUUGGGGCUAGUUACUGGCUUUUCCUGGCCGCCCAAACAACAUUCACUUGUCAUAUGCUAUGGCUGGCUAUGUUGGCUUAAAUAGAAUCCACCGCUGCCACAAGAGAUCAAGCUGGUCCACUGGUCUGGCGACUGGCGAAACGAGGAAAACCGCCUGGUUAGGAGUAAAAGUGCUGUGGAGGCUGCAGAUAAUGGAGUGCUGACGAAUUUGUCGCCUGUCGGCUGACUAAUCGUCCGAUUCGGAGUGAGAGCAGCGCUUUCUCAACGCUAAUUCAAAACCCAGAGCCGGAAAUGGCUUUAAAGAUGCGCAGCCAGAAAGGUGACCUUCAGAGCAACCCACAGCCCACCUCAGCCGGUUCCCAGGAAUGAAAAAGGGAGGAGACAUAGACGAAUGUCGGGGACCUUAUUUUGUGGGGGCAUCAGCAGACAUUUAACAUUGAAAACUUCCGAGAAUGAGCUUAAAUUAUAUAAUUUUUGGGAACUCUAAUUAGCAAAAAGUGAUAGUGAUAUAUGUUAGGUUAAUAUGAGGACAUGGACUCGACUGGAGUAUGUACUUACUCUUCUGGGUCUUUUGGUUGCUCCGGAAGCUUUGACACAGUUUUCGAAAUAUUUUUUUCAGAUUACACUUCCAAGAAACGAUACCGCUGCAACCUGCUUCCCUUUAGUUAUCUUUACUUUGCUUCUCGACUACGCCCAGAUUAAUGACUAGUUAAUCAACCUGACCUCUGUUGGCCAGCUUGAAGCAAGGCUAAGUGCCCAUUGCUCUUGAUUAAGCCAAAGUAAUGAAGUGGACGCUUGGGCCGAAGACAAUUGUCUUUUGGUUUUAUGAAGCCCACUGUUUCCUCUCUUUUCGCGCUUGUUGCCGUAAAUUGCCGUGUGAUUGUUGGCCAAAGGGUGGGGAUUGGGAAUAAAGGGGUGACUGUAAAAGCCGUAAAAGUUCAGGGUUAAAGUCAUUCGAGCCAAGGGCUUGGGAGCAAAAUGUGUGCGAUGUGUUUGGUACCGUAUUGUCAAAUGAUUUUGAUCCAAUUUUGGCACUUAGCGAUAGCUAUUUUAACAAGUUAUCUUAGUUUCCUAAUAUUUUAUAUGUAAAGUAUUUCACAACCGUUUAAGUCACAAUAAACAACUUACAACAAGUUUUCUGAUAAAUCGUUGUAGAAGAGCCAAAGUUGAUUUGCAUAAAACCAUCAGAAGCUAAACACUCAUCAAAGUGACACUUUAACUUCAUCCUCUCUAUAAGCCAGAUGAUUCCAAAGUUUGACUUUAAUUGCUUUGUCAGAAGUCGAGUUACAUUAGCAGGAAAACUGACUAUUAUUUAACAUUUCCUACAUAUGCUGAUCUAUUUCGCCCUUGAUCAAGGCCUUUAACUCGGACUUUCGGCAUGCUUCCGCCUCAACGUACGAGGUGUCCGAUUUAAUAACGAUCGUAAAAUAUGGAAUCGAAAAAUGUUGAAAAUGAAGUAGAGCAGUCGACUCAAUUGGCCUGAAGUGUGUCCCAGACACAGACUAGGUUUUUUUAUUGUGCAGUUAAUAAUGGAAUUAGUGAAUUUAAUUGUUACCACACACACAGUUGCUCUGGGCUCAUUGCGCUUCAGCGGCGCCGUCAUCACCAUUAUCAUCGUCUCGACUAUUGUGGUUUUUCUCUGCUGGAUUGGAAAUGCACUCACUCAAGAUUGCUGCUGCCGUGGUAACAAAUUAUUUGCGUUUUGAGUAAUACGGUCCAUACACACGCAUGAAGUCAGCACACAAAGUAAUGUGGAUUAUGAAAUUUGAAAUCAGUUUUCCCCCUUAUUUAAGUUGCGUAUGCGCCUUGUAAGGCGAGUAAAGCAUUUUGGACUGAACUAUCAAAACCUGUUAAUAUUAGAAGCGCAAUGAGUAAGUCUUGGUAUGGAAUUACGAGUAUUUAAGAAGUCAAGGGCUGUGGUUAUUUCUCCUCGGUCAAAAUUAUAUAACUGCAUUCUAUGCUUGCGACAAUGAUUUUGAAACAUCCACUUGAGUUAUAUUCCAGAUAUUUUAACAAAAUGUCUCUGAUAUUGGAAUAUAGUUUGAUUAUUUAUACUAUAUUUCUGUACCCCUUCCUGAGACUAUUCAUAACAACCAUUGCACUAUGGUGGAGGAGCAAAAUAUACAAGGGUCGUUGCCCGCCAGAUUGGCAGUCCAUUUGCCAAUGGAGCUCAAGAAAGAGAACUCUGCACUACGUAUAUGUAUCUCAACCGACAGCAUUCCAAAAGGUACUCUGAGAUGAUCAACCGCCAUUCCAAUCCCAAUUCCGACUGCAAUUUGCCCCGUUUGUCGCUCGUUUAGUAUGCCCGGCACGUAGUCGCAGUUCAGUUGGUUCAGUUGGUUCAGUUCAGCUCAGUUAGAGCGGCAUAGCUCGGCCAUAACUAGCUUUUCGACCAGAUUAUCUAACAGUUCAUACCGCCAACGGCCUCGCUGCUGGACAACAUCGUCCACGUCUUUGUCAUUAAAUUUAUGAUUUAACUACGACAAUUAAGUGAAAACUAAACGCUCCGAUAGGUUCAAUAUAUAUGGAGUACCGACCUCCCCUACUUCUCCCCUCCUCAUCCUUCCUUAGCCGCCGAAAAGUCGUCACGCCAUAAAUUGGACAAAAUCUUCGCUGCAGGCUCCAACUCUCCACCUCUCCAACUCCAUUUUUAUGGCCAUCCAUUUCCCUCGCAUUCGGCUCUUGCAUCAGCCUCAUCCUGAUCUUGGGAUCCUCACACUCUCUCUCCGGUUGCGUAAUCCUUGAAAAUCUUAACAAAUGAUAGUAAUUGCCACCUCGGUCGCCCCGCAGAAACAGUUUUCUGAUUUUGAGUUACGUCUUGUUUGCUGCCUUCGUUGGUUAAAUAAACGUGUACACUUGUCCACAUAUUUGUCGCCGUCUUUGGGUAAUAUUUUUUCUGCUUUCGUCGUCGCUGUCAGCUCUUAACGAAAAUUUGUCAUGCAUUUCAUUUGAUUUCUUUGUCAGUCGGUUAUUAUUUCUCCCGUUCGCCUUUUCCUGGGCGGAAAUUUGUGCUUCUCACUCCGCUGAUCCGCUCGAGAAGUCGCGAUCUGUGAUUGUGAAAAACCCCGUACCCACGUUCAUGAGGCUACCGAACUGGAAGUGGUCAGACGGGGGCUAAUAUGCAAUUAAUAUGCUUGAUUGGUCGAUGGGUCGUUAGUCAAAACCGAGAGGGCGAGAUCGAUAGAAACACGAAAGCGAAAGGUGUCAUAUUACUUUUGGCCAAGUUACUUUCAGUGGACCAAACUUUUACGGGAUGUCCGAGUAAAGAUUACUUAAUAACUAACUUCGGAAUUGUAGCUUUUUAAAUAUUUUUAAUAAAACUAUUUCGUUUUUUCAUACCUUAUGGGCACAACAUUUGCAGGUCUGAGACACCUUUAUGCAUAGUCCUGUAAUAGGAGAUCAUCAAUAAAAUUGGCCCAAAUUGGAAGGGAAUUAAACCAUUUACAUUAAGAGGUGUGCCUUUUCAAAAUCGGAGAGCUUAAGAAAAGUUAUGGUCCUAAGCAACUUAACUGCAAAGACAAUUUUUGUAUAAACAAAAAGGGGUUACAUCGUUAAAAUUUCAAGAAAAUCGACCCGAAAUUACAAGCCAACAUCUAAACGCAGAUUUGAAGAAAAAUAAUCCACGAACCUUUAAGAAAAGUUAUAUACUUGGAAGUGCUGGUUUUAGGCCAGUUUUCUACAAACAUAGGAAGCCAUUGUUAAAAUUUCAAGAAAAUCUAUCCUAAAUUACAAGACAACAUUUAAACGCAGACUUUCCGAAAAGAAAUUUCAGUUAAAAGAGCCAAGGACUCAAAAGUGCAGACUAUGAAUAUUGCUCUUAAAGCAAAUUAUUUUCGAGCCCCAAUCGGUUGUAUGAGCCGCAGGAUUUUGGCACGCAAUGUACGCAAUGUAAUUCGAAGAGAAAGUCAUGUCGUUUCUUACCGCAAUCCCCCCCCGCCGCAUUCUAAGGCAACCAGAAUGGGAGCGACAAUUGUUGGCGGCGCCAUGUGGUGGUGGGUAAUUUGGCACUUUUGGCAUGAGCCCGACCAUGUAACGGGAGAAUUCGAUUACCCCAACCCACUGAAAUGGAGCAACUGCGAGUUGGGUAUUCCAAAAGGAGGUGUUUGAAUAUUUAAUGACAUUCAAGUUUAUAUACCAAGUAUUAAAUAAACAACGUAAAAAAAAAAUAUAUAUAUAU